UACUCCACAAAGCACACUCGGGGCCGGAUGGAUUCGCUGCAAUCAGCUGUGCAUCAUAUCGUGUUAUGAUAAACAAGUAAUGAACGGCAGAAACACAUCGUGAAAAAAUGGAGGGAAUGCUGCAUAAAUGGACGAACUACAUUAGUGGUUGGCAGCCUCGUUGGUUUGUGCUUGAUGGAGGAACUUUGUCGUACUAUGACUCUCAAGAAGAUGCGUGGAAAGGUUGCAAGGGCAGCAUUAAAAUUUCUGUUUGUGAAAUCCAAGUUCAUUCCUCCGACUCCAGACGAGUGGACCUGACCAUACCAGGAGAGCAGUACUUUUACCUCAGAGCCAUCAAUCCAGCAGAGAGGCAGAGAUGGCUGGUGGCACUGGGAACGGCCAAAGCUUGCCUUACAGACAACCGCACAAAAAGAGAAAAAGAGCUCCAGGAGAACACAGAGGCAUUGAAAACUAAGAUGUCAGAACUCAGGUUGUACUGCGACCUUCUUCUCCAACAAGUAAACAAGAUCAAGGAGAAUGAUGAGCGAGGAGACACAGAGGAGACAGGAAUAGACUCUGGAAACAUGGUGAAGUCUACAUGCACCACUUUCCUCAAGACUCUCGAGGAAUGCAUGCAGAUAGCAAACCACACAUUUAGUACAAAUGUGUCAACACACGGUCCACCAGGAUCUCCUCCUGUCGCUGCCAUCAAACCUCAGAAGAUUAAACAUGUCAAUCAUUUAAAACAGAACCUUGGAGUAAAAUGGAGAGGUUUGGCUGAAACUUCAGGAGAAGUAGUUGCACAUGACAACCAGGACCAUGGACCAGUACAUCGUCAUUCCCCAUCAGAUAUUGAUGCCGCCAGCAGCACCAGGUCAGUCCAGGAGGACGGAGUUGAUCCUACUUUACACACGACUCCGAGUUCCUCUGAGACUGAACACUAUGAACAACCAGCAGAGAGGGAUGAGGAAAAGGAAGCUGGCGAUGAAGAGGAGACAAAACCAGAGCAGUUGCACAAAGUGCACCAAAGUCAAGAAGAGCACGACAACAACAACAAGGAAGCGGACGCCGGCCUUCCUCGGCACCAACAGGAAGCUGUUCCUGACGAAGCAGAAGAUCAACAUGAAGGUGAAACUCCCCGAGAGUCACCGGAGUCGGAAGACACCGAGCAGGUGGAAACUUUCUUCAGCACAAUGAGUCACAGAUUUAGUGAUAUGAGACUGGACGAGGACAAUGGUAUCCCUACACAAGCGUUUUUGGACUCAUGCUAUGCAAUAGUACCUGUAUUAGACAAGCUGGGGUCCACAGUGUUUGCACCGGUAAAAAUGGAUUUUGUUGGAAAUAUUAAGAAAAUAAAUCAGAAGCUGAUGUCGGACCCCGACAGCUUCCCCACACUCCAGUCCAUCGUGCUGUAUGAAGUACAGACGGAUGUCGCCCGGGUGCGGAACUCCGCCACCGAGGCUCUGCUGUGGCUCGGACGAGGCCUGAAGUUCCUCAAGGAGUUCCUGUCGGAGCUCAACGCAGGAGAACGAGACAUCCAGGGAGCUCUAAAUAAAGCCUAUGGAAAGACCCUCCGCCAGUACCACGGAUGGGUUGUGCGAGGCGUUUUUGCGUUGGCGCUGAGGGCUGCGCCGUCUUAUCCGAGUUUCGCAGCUGCCUUGGUGUCCAGAGAAGGCGAUGAGCUGAAGGGCGGCUUCACCAUCGGCAUGCACCGUGACCUGGGCGUGUACCUGCCGGCCAUGGGGAAGCAGCUGGCGAUCCUCGAUGCCCUGUAUGAAGAAUACAACCUGGAGUCUGAUGAAGUGGUGUGAGGCGUGAGCAGAGAGAGAGGAUCCACACUCCGGCUGCCGCAGGACGGUGCCAGACGCGUCGAGUGCAUCUCGUGUACAAAGUCGCGUACAACUAGACAACAGGAGAGGUGAAGAAGGUAUUAUUGUCUGCAUUUAGGAGCAAACGUUAACAACGGAGACAUUGUGGCGUCGUCUCUGGGUCUUGUUUCAGAGACUCUCACCGGUCACGGUGACGGUUGUUCCUGGUGCACACUGAGUGGCUGGAUUGUGGCUUUUUAUGUGCAGGUACAUCACGAUAAGGUAUUUGGGUCUCGUAACUUUCCUUUGUGAUUUCCCUUGAUCUGAUGAGAAUGCAACGACAUUUUUACUCAAGAUUGUCCCGUUUCCUUGGAUUCAGGAAACGGGAUGAUCGCUAACAUAAAGCAUUUGUUUGACAACAACAAUGUCAGAUUGUUCCAAUGCCCAAUAGAUAUGGCUUAAUUAUGUGACGGGAUAGAAAACUGGGCUAACUUUGAAUGUCGUUGCCCUGCCUGUUGAAGUUAUGGCUUUAUGAUCAACUUUUUUUUCCUUUCCUGAGAUGUCAAAAUGAACCCUGCAGGAUGACAGUGCAUUGUUUUGUUUUGCAUCACUAAAAUGUCAUGAGCUCUCGCUCUAGAGACUUUCCGUGGGACCAGGAGGGGCCGUCGUGUGGAUGGCGUUCGCCUUUGAGGAUCGCAACAGACGAGAAUGCUUUUCCACAGCGUAACGUUGGUGGACGUCCUCUGCACAAACAUAUGCAUAAAAUGCAUUUUCACAAUGUCUAUGUAUUACAUCCUAAGUUAUAAUGUUCACAUUGAUGUCAUGGGGGUCAUUGCAGUCCAGCUCUAGUGUGGACAUUUGUAUCCAGAGAGCACGUUUACUUAUUGCAUGGUUUUAUGUGUUGAGUCACAUUGGUGCCAAUGUAAACUGAAUGUAGGCCAAGGACUAUAAUCAACCAAGUCAUGGAAUAAUCCUAAAGUGGUAUGAUGAAAAGUUUAAAUGCAUUGCUUCCCCUUCAUCUAUACCGAUAAUGAACCGUAACAUUCAGCUGUUCUACAGAUUUCUUAAUCUCAUCCGUGCACUGUUCUGCAUAUACUUUAGUGUUGUUACCAGCCCAUAUUUUAUGAUGUUUAUUCAACAAUUUAAAAAAUGAGUGUUAAGACUUCAACCUCCAGCCAGGUUGAAGUUUGUCCAACGAGCCAUUCAUCCUCUUCGGACUUCUCUUUUCUUUUGACCAAGACAUACCACAUAGUGUUUGAGUUUUAUACUAAUGUUUCUUUCGUGUUUUCAGGAAUGCAUACAGGAAUACUUCUUGAAGUAAGUCAUCUGCAGUAGGUUUCAAUUGCUGAUGUGCAAUGAGCUGAUUUCCAUUGUGAUAUUGCAAAUGUUUGAUUUGGUUUUCUAUGACUGUAUAUAAGAUGCUAUUUGAUUUUUACAUAAUAAAUGAUGAAGUUGU